AUGCGGGGCGAGGGAGCAGGAGUAGAGGCAGCAGCAGGUCCGGAGAGCAAGCUGCAGCCGCGCCUCGGGGGCGCUUCGGUGAUCGCCUCGGCGGCGCGGGACUCCGCCGCGCUGUUCGACGCGCUGCAGAGGUGCGACAGCCAGCAGUUCACUGGCCCGCCGCCCGCCGCCGGCGUGCGCCGCGUGCUCGCGGCAAGCAGGUCACGAUCCGGCCCUGCCCCAGAGGGCAGACUCGUGGGCAGUCUG